AGAUAUAUUGGUAUAGGUGGUUUUAAAGUUUUACUUGAUUAGUGUUGUUUUAAACUCUUUAAAGUAGCAUGGCAACUACAAAAACCCUAACAAGACUUUUUUCUUUAAGUUUGCAGCAAACCCUACGUCGGAACUCUUCAAAUUCUGUCCUGAAUAUCACUCAAAGAAAUUGCUUACAUAUAUAUGUUCAAACUCAAAGUUUUCUACCGAAAGUUUUUGUAUCAAACGCCAAAAUAAAACGUAGAUAUUCAACUUUGGUGGAAAAUGCAGAAGAGUUACGGUCUUCCAAAGAUGUAUGCUGGAAAUGCAGCAAGAAAGUAAAGACAUCCGAACUUUUUUGUGGGAGCUGUGGAACUGUGUUACCAGUGAAAAACUCUGACAGUUACUUUACACUUUUCAAUUUACAAGUUGAUUUUAAUAUCUCUUCACCACUGCUUCAAAACAAGUUUAAAAAACUGCAAAAACUUCUUCAUCCUGACAAGUUUUCAUUAAAAAGCUCAGCUGAGCAGGAAAUAUCCGAAUCUGUCUCUUCGAAACUGAAUAAAGCUUAUUUCUGUUUGGCCAAACCGUUGUCGCGUGGGUUAUACAUGCUAAAACUGCAAGGUAUACACCUUGGUGAAAAUGUAAGUGCAGAUGACCCGGAGUUUCUGAUGGAAAUUAUGGAACUUAAUGAACAGAUCGCGGCUUCAAAUGAGGAGACACACAAAGAAAUCCAGUCCACUGUGAAGUCACAUUUAGAAGAACUAACGACAAAAAUAGCCACAGAGUUUCGUGACAACAAUUUACAUGCUGCCAAGGAACAUUUAAUAAGAUUCAAAUAUUAUAACAACAUUGACGAAAAAUUAAGGGAGUUAAUACCGCCAUCGUAAUAAGUUUUAACCUGUUUAUGCAACUGUGCACCUAGAAUAAAUGUGUUUGCAAAUGUAGCAAUGACCUGAAGUACUCAAUACUGCAACAAGGUUUCUUCUAAUAAAGUUACUUCAAAAAAUG